AUGCGUCUUUUCACUCCAAUUACCCUCCUUGUUACUACUAUUGCUCCAGCCUUGGCUGCAGUGGAUGCCGGCCAAGAUUCAGAUCACAUUUGCAACGCUAAUGAAGAAUGCCGUUAUACUACCGACUACCCGAUGGAGGACUUCAAGCCACCUGCUAAGGAAUGCACAUGUCCCACAGGGUCUGAGUGCACUUUUGAAAAGGAUGAUAUGUGGAAUAGCGCUAUACAAAUAUACUCAUGCCAGUAG